AUGGCUUUACAAUUCGCUAUAAUCUAUAUCUUGGUCGUCGGACUCUGCAUCCUCAGCACUUACCAGGGUGGCAUAUUCAAUGAGUUCGUAGAGGAGGUCCACAAUAUAGAAACAGAUGACGAGGAUUGGGACUCCGACGAAGAAGAAGAUGAUGAUGAUUAUGAUGACGAUGACGAUGACGAUGACGAUGACGAUGAAUUGGAUGACGGCGGCUAUGCUUCUGGGGCAGUCAGUCAGCAGACUGGGAACUCUGAUAAAGCCAUAUCCAGCAAAUGA